AUGGCAUCCCAGGUACCGGCCGGCGCCGAGGGCACGGUGGCAGGCGUCAUGAUCUACUGCAGCAUCUGCCUCAUCGCCAGCUCCAUGAUGAUCUGGCUCACAUGGACGCAUCAGGAGAGGACGAGUUAUGUGGCCAUGCUUGCCUACUUUGCUACCCUCAGCAUCUUGGCCUCUCUGUUCCAACAGACACACGAUAUUUUGCGCUACCGGAGUCUCGUCGCUGAGCAGUUUGAAAACCGCAAACUCCACCCAGGGAAUCCCGAAAUCGCCAUUGCCAACGGCUCAGUGGGACUGAGCUUGGUUUUGUACUACAUCCAAUACUAUUGCUAUAACGUCGAAGCAUUGAGUGUCAUGUUUUGGGCUGGCUACCUCGCGCAAACUUCCAACACCCGUUCGAAAUGGAAAAAAGUCUUCAACGUCAUCAACCGCGGCGGCAAGGUCUUUGCCGUGCUUUUCCCCCUCACCACCAUUCUUCUCCUUCGCAUUCCUCAAGUGCAGGAGGAUUUCGUCGUCUUCAUUUUGCUGGCAGACCUACCUCUCAUGCUGAGCCUCCUGUUCGGCUGCAUCCUCAUGCUGACCAUCUUUGCCCGAUACGUCAACUCGAAACGCAAGUUUCUCCACUGGGGAGAGGACAGCGGCACCGGCACGUACGGCACGGGAACGGGCGUCGAAUCCACCCUCGACAGCGCCCACCGCCCGGCGACCCGCGACCCAAAGGCCAACAACACCACCACGACGACCGUCACCAGCACCGCGCCCCGCAGGAAGCGCCAGGGCAUCUGGGACCGCUGGCUGAUGCUGCGCUUCACCAUCGGCUUCGUCGCCCUCAGCAUCUUCGAGGUCACCAACACGCUGUUCCAGAUCAUGGCCGUGACCAACGCCACCUCGGACCUGGCCGCCGCCGAGCCGGACCUGUCGCCCGAGCGCGCGAGCGCCGACUGGAUCUUCUUCAUGCCGGGCGUCACGCCGGGCCUCUUCAUCUUCAUCAUCUUUGGCACCACCACCCCGCUGAGGCGGUACAUGCGCGAGACCCUCGUACCCAGGAGAUGGCGCCGGCGCAGCAGCGAGGACGUCGAGGACGGCCGCCGUGGCAAACUGCCGACCCUGCGGAGGUCCGCCAAGGCUCCUACGCCGCCGCCCAAGGACAACGUCCACGUCACCUCCGAGAUUGAGCUUUCCGUGUCGAGCAUGCGGGGGACGUCGCGGAGUGGCAAGAUGAUGAAGGGUGGCGAUGCGGUGGAUUCCAUAAGAUCCGACAGCGAUGAGUGGCCCAUGCUGCCGAUUAUGAAGCACGAUCGGCGGUAG